AUGGACGGUGUUAUUGUGAGAAGAGUCAUUCCUUCGGAUAACAGUUGUCUCUUCAAUGCAGUUGGAUAUGUUAUGGAUCAUAACAAGACGAAAGCUGCCGAGUUGCGACAGAUUAUAGCUGCAACAGUAGCAAGUGAUCCACAGAAAUAUAGUGAAGCAUUUCUCGGGAAACCAAAUGCAGAAUAUUGUAGCUGGAUUCUUGACUCACAGAAGUGGGGAGGUGCGAUUGAACUCUCAAUAUUAGCAGAUUAUUAUGGACGGGAAAUUGCAGCAUAUGAUAUCCAGACAACUCGAUGUGAUUUGUAUGGUCAGGACCGUAACUAUGCUGAAAGAGUGAUGCUGAUUUAUGAUGGGCUCCACUAUGAUGCAUUAGUGAUGUCUCCAAUUGCGGAAGCUCCUGAAGAGUUUGAUCAGACUAUAUUUGCUGUUCAGAUGAACAGAAGCACUGGACCCGUUGAGGGGCUUGCUCUAGAUUUUGUGAAGGACCAGCAGAGGAAAAGGAGUUACACCGACACUACCAACUUCACUCUGCGUUGUGGGGUAUGCCAGAUUGGAGUAGUUGGCGAGAAGGAGGCAAUGGAGCAUGCACAAGCUACUGGUCAUGUUAACUUUCAAGAGUAUAGAUGA